UUUAAGUUUAGUACAGGAGUUUACGAGCGGCUUAUGAAAGCAUCACGUCACUAUGGUAACUCAACGCUGACACUUCUGACUGAAAGUCCGUGUGAAGAAAUUUUAGCGUUAGCUAGCUAAGACAAAAUAGAGCUAGCUACGUAUCUUAGUAAAUAAUAAAAGCAGGCUUGAAAAGGCAAAAGCAUGAUGGACAAACUUGAAGACUUCGAGAGUUUUUUGAAGAAUGUUGAUAAAAUAAGUGAGAUAGUGAAGGAUCUAAAGUCCAUUGAUGUUGAAGUCCAGCAAAAAGCAAUGGAGACUGCUGAUUGCUACAUUGCUGCCUUGGAUGAACCGUGCAGGACAAAAGUCAACAAGACUACAAUCAACACAAACCCACCACUUCAGCCUUCCUUGGGUCUGCAGAAUGAAAGUCCAGUGAAUUUCAUGACGAUUAUGGAGAGAGAUGCUGAAGACAGGAGUGUAAGGAGGAUUGCAAAAGCAAAAAAGGCAACUGCUCUCAAAGACAAGGGGAAUGAAGCUUUUGCUCAAGAAGACUAUGAAACUGCUGUGCAGUAUUACAGUGAUGGCUUGGCUGAACUACGGGACAUGCAGCCAUUGUACACCAACCGAGCACAAGCCUACAUCAAGCUGGGGAAGUACAAGGAGGCCAUCAGUGACUGUGAAUGGGCCCUGAAGUGUAAUGAGAGGUGCAUUAAGGCGUACCUACACAUGGGGAAAGCAUAUCUGGCAUUAAAGAAAUAUAAUGAGUCCAGAAACUGCUUUGAAAAGAUUGUGGAAAUUGAACCUGCAAGGGAAAAGAUGGUGAAAGAACACCUGACCCAGGUACAUUUGGAAGAGGUUAGAGCGAGUCAGGAGAUGAAUGCAAUGCAAGAGUUUGACAAGGGAGAGGCCAAUGCCACAAAAGUGCCCCAGCUGCUGGAGAAGCUGUCAAGGCCCGGCCAGAUUCCCUUGUACUACUGUGGAGGAUUGGAGAUUCUGUCACAAGCAGUUACUGACUGUACAGGCCAGACCCUUUUCAGAAUGAACAAUGGCUUUAGUAUCAUCAGCAGCAAUGACACGGUGAGGAGUUGCCUGUUGCAGAAAACAAAGGAUCCAGACAGCCAGGAGUUGUGUGUGUCUGUUCUGAAAUUAUGGAGGGUUAUUUGUUGUGGAAACGAUGAAAACCAGAAAAUGUUGAUGACAUGCCCAGUCACCAGACGGUCCAUUGUUUACUUGGUAACAUCAGAGCAUGUUGCUGUGCAGGAAGAAUGCCUGGCAUUAAUAUGUUUGUACUCACAGAUGCCACAUGGCAGACGUUUGGCCAUUGACAACCUGGAUGUGCACAUGUUAGUGAGGAACCUCAUGGCGUGCAUCUCAAAGCCAAAGCAGCAGCAGGAGAACACAGCAGUCAACAUUCUGGAGAACUUUGCAGCAGAAAACAAAUUUUGCAUUCUUCUAAGGGACGUGUUGACAGACUCUGUUAUUGUGCCAUUCACAAAACUACUGAGUAAUAUAAGCAAGUCCAAUCAGCAUGUCCUUGCAUCACUGAUAUCAGUUAUUGGCUGUCUGGCUCGAGAUGACGUCAUCUGUCACAGUUUUGCUCAUGAUCAAGAAUGUUGGAAGGCCUUUGUGGAAGCCAUUAGGCAGUGCAGUGCAUGUGAAUGCAAAGAGGUAAUUUACCCUAUGCUUGGUUUGAUCAUCAACCUUUCGGCUAUCACCUCUCCAAUCAUUCAGGAGCAUGCUGUUUCACUCUGUGACUGCUGCCUGGGCCUGCUGAGGGAUAGUGACGGAGGAGUCAUAACUAGAGCCACGGGUGUGCUGAGCACUGUCCUCCCGCAGUCCCCUGAGGCCAUUCAACAUGUUAUUCAGGGGAAUGUGGUCCGGACCAUGCGCAGGCUGCUAAAGGGAACAGGGCAGACUGCCACUAAGUACGCCAUUAAGACUCUGACUGUGUGCACUGCUGCCAGUCACUCGGCACGGGAGGAACUGGUGAAGUCUGAUAAAAAGCUGUCUAUUUUACGUCAUUUGCUGGGUUCAAGCCUUGAUGAGAUGGUGUUAGGAAAUGCAGCCCUGUGCUUGGCCCACUGCUUUGAAUUGGAGGGAGUUGCCAGGACCCUGCUGGGCACUGAUAUUGUGCUGCUGCUGCUGCGCCACGCUGCAGGGGACGCUAAGAGGACAGCUGUGCGUCAAAAUGCAGCGAUUGCUCUGGGGAAGCUGUGUCGAUCUGAGCCCAGACAUGUGAACAAACUUCGAGAACUGCAGGGCCUUGAGAUCCUGCACUCCUGUAUGAAGCUCAUCACAUGAACUUUUGUUUGGGCUUAUUGGGGAAAACAAAAAUCCACAAAAGAACACCAGUCCUGGUAUCAUAAAAUUUAAUAAUUAUUGUCUUUUCUUUUUUUUUUUUUUUUUUACUUUUUUUCGUUAAUUUAGAUUCCAAUCUAUAUAUAUCAUUUUUAAAUUAUAUGGAUUUUUUUUGCUGUGUUGAGAAGAUUCAAAGAUUUAUUUCAUUUGAAUAAGAUUGUGCUCCUAAUUGCUUCAUCUACAUAAACAAGGUCAUAAACAUAA